GCGGCGGGGCGCUCUGGGCGGCCGCUCUGCUCUCUAUGGUGCGAUGGGAGGAGCGGCGGGGCACGGCGGGCGGCUCCGGCCCGGCGGUCCUGGCGCCUUCGGCGAGCACCAUGUCGCCUCCGAAAGAAAAUGUCAGCUUACUGUUCAAGCUGUACUGCCUCACAGUGAUGACCCUGGUGGCUGCCACGUACACGGUCGCAUUGCGGUACACGAGGACAGUGGAGACAGAACUCUACUUUUCAACGACGGCUGUGUGCAUCACUGAAGUUAUCAAGUUGUUCUUGAGUGUGGGCAUCUUGGCUAAAGAAACUGGAAGUCUGGCAAGGUUGAUAACAUCUUUAAAAGAAAAUGUAUUUGGAAGUCCUACAGAAUUGCUAAAAUUAAGUGUUCCAUCUUUGGUGUAUGCUCUUCAAAACAAUAUGGCGUUUGUGGCUCUUAGCAACUUGGAUGCAGCAGUCUACCAGGUGACGUACCAGUUGAAGAUCCCUUGUACAGCUUUAUGUACAGUCCUGAUGCUGAACCGUACCCUCAGUAAGUUGCAGUGGUUCUCUGUGUUCAUGCUGUGCGGUGGUGUUACCCUUGUUCAGUGGAAACCUGCUCAGGCUACAAAAGUACAGGUGGAGCAGAAUCCAUGGCUAGGGUUCGGAGCGAUUGCUGUGGCUGUACUGUGUUCGGGAUUUGCAGGAGUUUAUUUUGAGAAGGUCUUAAAGAGUUCAGAUACUUCCUUAUGGGUGAGGAACAUUCAGCUGUACUUAUCUGGGAUUGUAGUGACUUUAGUCGGUGUGUACAUGUCAGACGGAGCCCAAGUUAUGGAGAAAGGGUUUUUCUAUGGCUAUACAUACUACGUCUGGUUUGUCAUCUUUCUUGCCAGCGUAGGUGGCAUCUACACUUCGGUCGUGGUUAAGUACACAGAUAACAUUAUGAAAGGCUUUUCUGCAGCAGCAGCCAUUGUUCUCUCUACUGUGGCAUCAGUCAUCCUCUUUGGCCUCAAAAUAACUGUUACCUUCUCCCUGGGUGCUCUCCUGGUGUGUAUUUCUAUUUACCUCCAUGGAUUACCUCGACAAGACACCACAAAAAUCCAGACCUCAGAGACUAAGAGCUCAAAAGAGAGACUUGCUACUGUGUGACAUUGUCCAUAAAAAUGGACAAAAGAAAAAACAGACUUUAAAAAAAACUUGACUUUUUAAAAAAAUUAGCCUUAAGCUAGUCAUGAAAUGGUUUAAGUGGGACAGACUAAAAGCAGAAGUUAUAUGUGGAGUUUCCAGUGGUUGAUACUGAGGCUACGCUGCAUCUGAGGAGCUGCCUGGGUUUUUUAUGGAAGGUAUUCUUCAUUCACAUCGACAAUGAAGAGUCUCAUUUACAAGGAAAACUCAAUGAAGGAGCUGAUCACUCAAUUGUAUAUAAUGUUUAUAAUGGAGGCAAAUUGGUUCUUUGUGCAUUUGAUAAACUGUGUUGCCCUUUGAGGGCAGAAAUGCCUGAAAGCUUCAUAAAAAAAAAAACUAUUAAAAAGAGCAAUUACUGCCAGCAUUUUCUCUUAAAAUACUUGGCAGCUGUAGUUUGAUUAAUGACAGGAAAAGUUUUUCUUCUAGGUGAUAGGUACGAGACAACUCUACUGGGAAUAACCAUGCUCUGAGCAUCACUUACCUAGGAGUGAUUAGAGGUAGCACGUGCUGUAUAGUUUAUAAAGUCAGGGUGAAAGAAAAGUGUUUCUCUGAAGUUGUGGAUUUCCUUUCACUUUUCAAAUGUUUUUUAUACCUGCUGUAGCUGGUAGAGGGAUCUUCUAUGUGUUGUACAGGGGAAAGUUUGCACGUAUUCCUGUAUUUUUGGCUUAAGUAUGAAUGAGUCAAAAGAUUUUUGUCAGUACAUUUUCUCUCUAAACAUUUCUGUGCACACAGUGAUGCUUGAAAAGAGUUCCUGUAAUGCAUGUUAGGCUUUGAGUUAAUUUAUUAUUGCCAACCAUA